AUGAGGGCGAAGCGUGAGGCAAAGAAAAGGGCAAAGUACAUGGAAGUUGAGGGAAGUCUUGGAAAUGUGAAUGGGGCUAUAGGGGAGGCAGAGCUUGCACAUGGAAAACGUAAAUCGAAGAAAUGUGAGUGCAAUGCUAGGGUUUAUGGGAGUUUAAACGUUGAUGGGCUCUGGAUUUUGAAAACUGUUGUGUUGGAGCAUACUCAUACUCUAUCUCCAAGUAUGGCAAAUUUGGUUAAAGAGUAUCAUAUGAAGAAGUUGACUUCAACGGUACGAAGGAGGUUGAUUAAAUUUUUUGAGGAAGGUCUCUCCGUGUCCCAAACUCGCGGUUGUUUAGGCACUGAGAAUGGAAACUUGCUAAGUGUCAAGGAUCUUCAGCAUGAACUGUACAAGCAAAGGCGGCUCAAGAUGGCUGGCGGAGAUGUACGAGCCAUGAUGGACUACUUUGAUUACAUGCAAGCAGAUAAUCAGAAUUUUUACCAUGCAAAUAGGUUGGAUGAUGAUGGUCGAUUAAAAGAUGUCAUGUGGGUGGAUGCAAGGAGCCGGGUAACUUAUGAAGACUUUGGAGACGUGGUUUUCUUCGAUGCCACAUACUUAACAAAUGAGUACGAGCUACCCUUUGUAAAUUUUGUCGGGGUUAAUCACCAUGGCCAGUCUAUUUUGUUAGGGUGUGCCCUCAUUUCUCGUGAAGAUUGUGAUACCUAUAGAUGGAUCUUUGAACAAUGGGUAUCUUGUAUGGGUAAUAAAGCUCCAAAUGCCAUCCUCACCGAUCAAGCAGCUUCUAUGCAGAAGCCCUUAGCUGAAGUGAUGCCUAAUACACGCCAUCGAUGGUGUAUAUGGCAUAUUAUGCGGAAAUUUCCAGAGAAACUUGGCAAGUGUGCCUUGUACGAUGAUUUCAAGAACCCUUUGAAGAAUAUAAUAUAUGACAGCUUCACUGUAGAAGAAUUUCAAACUCGAUGA